AUGGGAAUGUGGUCGCGUUUAUUAAUUAAACGGAGCUAUGGCAAAGCCGCUGUAAAUGCAGCCGCCAUGUUGAUUCUGCGCGCUCUUCUUCUGGCAGCAGUAUCGACCGCUCACAUACACAAUGCGGUGGAAACAGAAAUGUUCGCGAUACCAAUCAGUCCUAACUUGUUCAACUGGACGUAUCAAGAAUUCGAUCAACAAUAUCGCUUCCAUGCCUCACUCCUCGGCAAGCCAGAACUACCAUCUUGGUUGCGAUAUAUAUACAGUGGAAGACACCACUCCGGAUUCAUCUUUGGCACUCCGCCUAGAGGUAGUGCUGGACCCAUCACGUUGGAAGUCAUAGGUCUGAACCGACAAGACUUCGAGACGCGACGGGUUCUCCUUAGACUGGACGUUCGAACUAAGGAGAAGAUGGCCCGACACGAGGUGGAACUCAAAAUUGACAACUUAAACGUCGAAGAUCUGCUUGAUGAACACAAAAUGACCCGUUUGAAAGACAUCUUACGGACCAAAUUGUGGAUUGAGAGCAACGAAGACCUGUAUGCCACGUUCCUGGCCUCAGCCAUCGAUCUCGGAGCACGGCUACCCCUCAAGCCCAGUGAUGGCGAAGGGCUGGUCGUUCGUCUUGGUAGUUCGAUGCCUUUCUCAGCAGAACUAAAACGUUUGCGAGAAGAGGUCAGACCUCUCUCUCGUUUGCCUAGCUGUCCUCGUGAGUACAAACGCACUACUGUGGAGAGGCUCUUCAGGGACGCUGGUUUGACUCUCGACUGGUGCAGCUUUGAGUUGUACAACACAGUUUACAAAGAACGAACAACCCUCCAUCUAGAAUACCUCACCGAAUUACCCAACACCAGCAAGAACGCGAAGUCUUUCAAAGCCUUAGACACACGUGACGCUUGGUCAGCCCCGAGCAGACAGGCAUUACCUUCACGUAGCUAUGGGAAAGUGUUGACAGCGGCUGUCUUAGUCCCUGUGACAUUGAUGUUUCUGUCUGUCACUGCGCUGACAGCUGUCAUUUGUGCGUUGCAGGCUGUAAGAGAUCCUGAAUCUGAAAACUUUUUGAACAAUAUAUUUCACAUUUGUAUAGACUAUAGAAACAGGAGGGCUCACAAGUCAAAAGUAGAAAUGUGUCGUUACGGCACUGGCAACACCGAACAGACUCAGGUUGCUGACAACGCUAGCAACAAGAGUAUUGGUGUCAGUCCUAACAAUAGCCUCGUAAGGCCAUACAGUCCAAAGUCAACAACCAACUUGGCGAGCAACUACAACAGGCCGCAACCCCCUCCAUAUAUGGGUUCAGCGACCAACUCUCUCCAUCAUCGAAAAUCUGCCGAUAGAACACCAUCUAGUAGUGGAGAUACUCCUGAACAUCGCACACAUCUAUUAGAAGAAUCGUUAAAACUUCUUAAUGAAGCCAAACUCUCAAGUGAAUUUGACAAUAUUCCUUUAAAAGAUCCAAUCAUUGAUCUCAAUGAUGGAACUGAAGAUUAUGUACCUAUAAAAUCAGAUCCGAGCGCAUAUAUCUCGAAGAAACCAGAUCAAACUGGUUACUUAACAAUGAAGCCAGAUUUGGAUGAUAUUAGCGUUCCAGAUUUGGCAAAGUUCAGGAUUACAGGGCCUAUUUGA